UCACAUAUUUCCAAUCCUUUACAAACAGUUCAAUCAAUAUUUCCUUACGGUCAAGGCUUUUUAUUCUGUGUUCAUUUCGGAUACAUUGUGUGCUUUCAAUCCUUUUACUUCAGUUCGUUUAAAACAAAUAAGAAUUACCUUUGGAGAAUUUUCUUAAAAAAUCUGUUUUCUUAUGUUGAAUUAUUUUAGAGACGUUUUUGCUGUGUUCCUUUGGGAUAAAUUAUGUGUUUGUGAAUUACAUGUCACUUAUUCUAGUAACACAAUUGCUGUGUUACUUUGGAAUAAAUUAUGUGUUUAUGAAUUACAUGUCACUUAUUCUAGUAACACAAUUGCUGUGUUCCGUUGGGAUAAAUUAUGUGUUUAUGAAUUACAUGUCACUUAUUCUAGUAACACAAUUGUUGUGUUACUUUGGAAUAAAUUAUGUGUUUAUGAAUUACAUGUAACAUAAUUAUGCUAUUAUGAUCAAACGCGUCCUAUUGUAUUCCUUCUUCUGUGUUUGUGUUUUGUCGGCUUUGGUUUGUGUAUACUUUAUGACGUAUGGUCAACAACUAACCCCGAGGCUUAAAGCCGCAGAAAGUCUCGGAAAAUUGAUAACUCCAAUUCAAAAGGAAACCACUCUGGGUAAAUAUCAUCGAAAAUGGAAGACGAGGAUGGGACUGCAAAAUGGUAACCGUUCAUUGAAAACGGACGACAUAUCUCUGAGCAAGACAGGUGACAGGGAAAAAAGGAAACAAUUAGCUCUGAGGUCUAACAGUCAAAGAACACUAAGUAACUUGAUGAAACGUUCAAAUCAAAUGAAAAGCACUUAUAAAAUAGAUGAUCACGAGAAAAUCACUUAUAAAAUAGAUGAUCCCGAGAAAGACACUUAUAAAAUAGAUGAUCCCGAGAAAGACACACAUAAAAUAGAUGAUCCCGAGAAAAGCACUUAUAAAAUAGAUGAUCCCGAGAAAAACACUUAUAAAAUAGAUGAUCCCGAGAAGAAUGGAAACCAUUCACUGAAAAAAGAUCAAAUAUCUCAAAUCGAGACAGAUGCCGAGAAAAAAUGGACACAUUUUCUGGGAUUAGAGAGAAUUUGGGGUCGGUUGGGUAAUCAUAUGUUUUACUACGCCUCCUUAAGAGGAAUAGCGGACGCUAUCAACUAUACACCCAUUUUAAGUAGAACAGAUCCUAUACUUGAAUUGUUUGAAAUUAAUUUGAAUAAAUCUGUCAGUACAUUGACCCUGAACAAUAAUGUAACGAAAAGUGAAAAAUGUACAGGAAUUUUUACCGAAGAUCUGAUUUCACCUAUAAAUACAACAACUAAUAUAACAGUUCUUGGUUACUUACAAUCAUUUAAAUAUUUCCAAAACAUAGAAUCAGAUAUCAGAAAGGAGUUUAUCCUGAAAGCGGACAUCAAGGCUCGGGUCAAACAUAUUUUUAAUACAUUUAACAUAACACAUCGAAUAAAGGUUGGGGUUCAUGCCAGAAGAGGUGAUUUUGUGCGUUUGCAAAGGGAAGGAUACAAGCUACCUACCCCUUUGUUUUUUUACAAGGCUAUGGAUAUGCUGAGGCAGAAUUUAACAAAUCCAAUAUUUGUCAUGUGUUCAGAUGAUAAGAAAUGGGUGACAGAUUAUUUACAAUUUAAUAAUUCGGUUAUUGUUCAUGAAAGUGAAGAAGUCGACUUCGGAGUAUUAAUGAGUUGUGAUCAUAGUAUAAUAUCAUCUGGAACUUUUAGUUGGUGGACCGCCUAUUUAACGAAAGGUGCCAGCAUUUAUUUUAAAGGAUUUCCCUCGACCCGUCUCCUUGGAUGUAUAUCUCCUUCCGAUUAUUAUCCAUCUCAUUGGAUUGCACUCGAGUAAUCCAUUUACUUGAAUUGAACUCAAAGUUGGACCCGAGUAAUCCAUUUACUUGAAUUGAACUCAAAAUAUCUAGUAGCACGGACUCCACAAUUCCAUCUAAUUGGAUUAAUCUAAUUAUCAUGGACUUAAAUAAUUAAUCUAACUGGAUUAAUCUAAUUAUCAUCGAUUUAAAUAAUUAAUCUAAUUGGAUUGGACUAUGAUAAUUUAGCUGGAUGGAUUUGCAUAACAUACUAAGAAAAGCACGAACUCUAUGUAUGAACUGCAUAAGUGGUAUAGAGCUAAAUAUGCCUACUUCAGGUCUGUUUUAGGCCUGAAAUGUUUUCUAAAUUAUUAAUUAGACAUUAAUUAACUUAUCCAGGCCACAAUCAACUCUCGAUGGCAUUGGAUAUUUCCGAUAUUAAAUAGAUUAGAACAGUUCGACCAUAUUUUGAUUUAAGCAAAAAAUGGAGGAACGAGACUUAGCUUCGAACAACCAGUAGGAUGACUGAAAUUAUAUUGCACACGUCUUGUCAAACCUUCAAAGGCUUAUCUUCGUUUGCAAUAGAGUAAUUGGAAUGACAUUUUCAAAUUAGUCAUUUUACAUUAUCUAUUUUCGAACUAUUAUAGCAAGAAUUGCUAGCUCUUUAUCUAAAUCUUACAUAAUGUAUCUUUAAGGCAAAGUAAACAGAAGUUGCAUUACAUAUUUCAAUGGAUUAGACUAGUUUAUACAUUUUAGUGGAAUAAAUUAAUUAAAUCUC